AUGGAUCUGAUUCAUAAGGGUGCUUACUGCGUGCGUUACGUCUACUCUUCUUCCCCAUCAUUGCUUCUUACUUGCAAGGGGAGGUUAGCAGGGUAUGGAGGGCAAGGAGGAUAG